UUGUUGUGUGGAAACAACGGAGUAUCGUUGUUUUUUUUUUAUUUUUGCGAAAAUUCUUCAAUUUUUCCGAUUUUCAGGUCAAAGCUUACACUGUGGAUCUCAGCGACUUCAAGGAAAUCAACAGAACCGCGCAAUUAGUGAAGGAAGAAGUUGGCGAUGUUGAUAUUCUUAUAAAUAAUGCUGGAAUUGUCACAGGAAAGAAACUUUUUGAUUGUCCAGAUGAAUUGAUGCAAAAAACAGUUGCUGUUAACACAAAUGCAUUGUUUUAUGUGAGUUCUUUCUAUUAAUUUUUAAAAGCUGAAUUUUGGGGGGGAAUAUAAAAGCUGAAUCAAUUCAAGAUUUUUUCCAGACAACAAAAAAUUUCUUGCCCUCAAUGCUUGAAAAAAAUCAAGGUCACGUUGUGACAAUUGCCUCAAUGGCUGGAAAAUGUGGAGUUGCUGGAUUGGUCGAUUACUGUGCUUCGAAACACGGUGCAGUUGGAUUCAAUGAUUCGCUUUCCUCAGAAAUCUACGCGCUCAAAAAAGAUGUGAAAACCACAGUGGUUUGUCCAAUCUAUAUCAAUACUGGAAUGUUUGAUGGAGCACAAAUGAAAUGGCCAAAUCUUUUGCCAAUGUUAGAACCGGAAUAUGUUGUGGAAUGUAUUAUGGAGGCGGUUUUGACGAAUCGCGCAUUUUUGGCGAUUCCAAAAUUCAAUUAUGUGAUGAUUGCACUUGGUGGAUUGUUGCCAACUGAGGUUAUCAAUUUGUAUGGCGAAUAUUUUGGUGUAACCACUUCAAUGGAUCAUUUUAAGGGCAGAAAUGCUGUUAAAAAUUGA